AUGACCUUUUCGUGGAUUCUAUACUUGUCUGCUCUCUCCACCGCGGCUUACGCGAGUCCAUUAAACUCUUUUGAGUACGACUAUAUCAUCGUGGGUGGAGGCACGGCUGGCUGCGUGCUUGCCAAUCGCUUGUCAGCAAAUCCAUCCAUCUCGGUGGCUUUAGUCGAAGCUGGUCCCACUGUCUUCAACGACUCUCGUGUUCUUAUUCCCAGUCCUGCUGGACCCACAUGGGGCACUGAACUCGACUGGAAUUAUACUACUAUACCACAGAUCUAUGCCAACAAUUCGAUACUGCAAUAUCAUGCUGGUAGAGAUGUUGGCGGCACAAGCACUAUCAACGGCAUGGUAUACCUCCGACCAACCGUUGACGAAGUCGGUUCAUGGUCAGCUUUGGGUAACCCAGAAUUGUCAUGGGAUAGUCUGCUGCCUUACUUCAAGAAGAGUGAGCAUCUGCAACUCCCUACCGCACCAAACGCCAGCGCAAAGGCCUCUUACGAGGCCAGUGUACAUGGAUUCGUCGGUCCAGUCAAAGUCGGCUGGGGCAACGAUUUGAACCCAGGAGAAUAUGGUCAAGCAUUGAACACAACCUGGCAAUCCCUCGGGUUCUCUUGGAACAGGGACCCGAAUACAGGUAAUAAUACUGGACUUGCCUUGUUUCCGAUCGAGAAAGACACUGUCUUGCAAAUCAGACAGGACUCUGCUAGGUCUUACUACUUGCCUGUGAUGGGUCGACCAAAUCUGCACGCUUUCACUAACACCACCGCGCUCAACGUCAACUUGGAUGGUGGUAAAAGUCAUCAUGGACCCCAAGGUUUGGUUGUGGCUAAAGGUGUCAAUGUGGUCUUGCCCUCUGGAAAGAAGCAGUUUUUGCGCUCUAAGCAGGAGGUCAUCCUUUCGACUGGCACAUACAGAACCCCUGGUGCCAUUUACAACCCCAGCUUCACACUAGAGUCUCUAACUCCAUCCUACAACGCCAAACCCAUGACUGGCACCUUGACAGCCGCUGACCUCUUUGGAGAUGAACUCGACACGGUUGCUGCACAACUGUACAAAGAUAUCCCUUCCUACGCACGAACACUCUCGGAAGCAAGCAAUGGCGCUAUUUCUAUCCAAGCACAAGAGCAAAUCCUUCUUGCUAGAGCAAAUUUGUUCUUCAAGAAGAACAUAGCAAUCGGCCAAUACACAUUCCAGAUUUAUGGAGGAAACCGUUGGGUCACUUUACCUCUGUCUACAGAAAACGUGCAUUCAUCCUCCGAUCCCGCAAAACCACUCCUAAAUCCCAAUUUUAUGCAACUACCCUGGGAUACUCUGGUUAUGCAACGCCUCUUCCUCGUGCUGCGCCGCAUCCUCUCUGCUCCCUCGGUGCAGCACGCCCUCGGCCCCAACGCCACCACUGAACUCUCGCCUGGUUAUUCUCUCGUACCUGCUGAUGCCUCGCUUCCCCAAUGGACUUCGUUCUUUCAAUCUGCGCUUGCACCCACUUGGCAUGCGGUGGGCUCUGCAGUCGUGUAUGUUGGCUCUAGAUAG